AGAGAGAGAGAGAGAGAGAGAGAUGGAACCGACGUUGACUCAGAUGUUUUCUUUCAAUUUUCCCCAAUUUCCGUUUGCUCGUCACAGAACUUCCAAAAUCCCACCACACCCGAAAAAGUUAGAGAGAGAAAAGAUAGAGAGAGAAAAAGAGGAGUGAAAAUCAGUUGAAAAUUCCAAGAACAUUGCAUUUAGACUCGAAACGCCUUUGUGGGUCUCUGAAAUCUCGGACAAAAAUGGUGGAUCAAAGACGGUUUAUGGGUUCACACCUGAAGAACGACUGAGGCAGUCGUUUGGAUGUUGUCUGUUGAACUCGAAUGAGCAAAAGAACCCAGAUAAACAGGGAACGGUCCGUAAGUCAUCGACCAGUACGGUCUAGUUGACAUGGAGUCUUGUUAUUGCAUUGAGCCUCAAUGGCCUGCUGAUGAGCUCUUGAAGAAGUAUCAGUACAUCUCAGAUUUCUUCAUUGCACUUGCAUAUUUCUCCAUCCCCUUGGAGCUCAUCUACUUCGUAAAGAAAUCUGCAGUGUUUCCUUACAGAUGGGUUCUUGUUCAGUUUGGUGCUUUCAUUGUUCUUUGUGGAGCAACACAUCUUAUUAACUUAUGGACGUUUUCGAUGCAUUCAAGAACCGUAGCGAUAGUAAUGACCAUUUCAAAGGUUUUAACCGCUGUGGUAUCGUGUGCGACUGCGCUUAUGCUUGUGCAUAUUAUACCAGAUUUAUUGAGUGUGAAAACCCGAGAGCUGUUUCUGAAGAACAAGGCUGCUGAAUUGGAUAGGGAAAUGGGACUCAUACGUACACAAGAAGAAACGGGUCGACACGUAAGGAUGCUUACUCAUGAAAUUAGGAGUACACUCGAUCGACAUACGAUACUCAAAACUACACUUAUUGAGCUGGGAAGAACUUUGGCUUUGGAAGAGUGUGCACUUUGGAUGCCAACACGUUCUGGAUUGGAACUUCAACUAUCCUAUACUCUUCAUCAACAAAAUCCAGUUGGGUAUACCGUUCCCAUCAACCUCCCCGUGAUCAGCCAAGUUUUUAGUAGUAACCGUGCAGUUAAGAUAUCACCAAACUGCCCGGUGGCUCGGCUACGACCUCUCGCUGGGAGUUACGUCCCGGGAGAGGUGGUUGCUGUUCGUGUCCCGCUAUUGCAUCUUUCUCAUUUUCAAAUAAAUGAUUGGCCCGAGCUUUCGACUAAGCGAUUCGCCCUCAUGGUUUUGAUGCUUCCAUCAGAUAGUGCUCGACAAUGGCGCUUUCAUGAGCUGGAGCUGGUUGAAGUUGUUGCUGAUCAGGUAGCUGUUGCUCUUUCUCAUGCUGCAAUCUUGGAAGAGUCGAUGAGAGCUAGAGAUCUUUUGAUGGAGCAGAAUGUUGCUCUUGAUCUAGCCAGGAGAGAAGCAGAAACAGCGAUACGUGCCCGGAACGAUUUCUUGGCUGUCAUGAACCAUGAGAUGAGGACCCCGAUGCAUGCCGUAAUUGCACUCUCUUCAUUGUUGCAAGAGACUGAACUUACACCAGAGCAACGCCUAAUGGUCGAAACAAUAUUAAAAAGCAGUAAUCUCUUAGCCACUCUGAUAAAUGAUGUUUUGGAUCUUUCGAGGCUCGAAGAUGGUAGCCUACAACUGGACAUCGGCACGUUUAAUCUUCACGCUGUUUUCAAAGAGGUACUUAACUUGAUCAAGCCUGUUGCACUAGUCAAAAAGUUAUCAUUGACCUUGCAUUUAGGUCCUGAUUUGCCAGCAUACGCCAUCGGUGACGAGAAACGUCUUAUGCAAGCCAUUCUUAACGUUGUGGGUAACGCCGUGAAAUUUUCAAAAGAAGGCAGUAUAUCAAUCACAGCCAUUGUUGCAAAAUCUGAAACCUUCAGAGAAUGUCGAGUUCAAGAUUUUCUCCCCGUGCCAAGUGAUAAUCACUUCUAUUUACGCGUACAGGUAAAAGAUGCUGGAUCUGGAAUUAGUCCUCAAGAAAUUCCUAAACUGUUCACAAAAUUUGCACAAACUCACACUGUGGCUACAAGAAACUCUAGUGGCAGUGGUCUUGGGCUUGCAAUUUGUAAGAGGUUUGUGAAUCUUAUGGAAGGACAAAUUUGGCUUGAAAGUGAAGGGCUUGGAAAGGGAUGUACAGCCACUUUUAUUGUAAAACUUGGAAUUGCUGAUCAAUCUAAUGAAUCAAAGCUUCCCUUUACAUCGAAAAUUCACGAGAACAACAUUAAUGCAAGUUUUCCUGGGCUCAAAGUUCUCGUUAUGGACGAAAACGGAGUUAGCCGGUCAGUAACGAAGGGACUUCUCGUACAUCUCGGAUGCGAGGUAACGACGGCAGGCUCAGUCGAGGAAUUCUUACGAGUCGUCUCCCAGGAACACAGGAUUGUUUUCAUGGAUAUAUGCACUCCUGGAGUCGAUGGUUACGAACUAACCAUACGCAUACGCGAAAAGUUUGCAAAAAGCCACGAAAGACCGUUCAUGGUAGUCCUCACUGGGAACUCAGAUAAAGUAACAAAGGAGAGCUGCCUGAGAGUCGGCAUGGACGGGCUAAUACUAAAACCCGUUUCGAUUGAUAAAAUGAGGAGCGUGUUGUCGGAACUUAUAGAGCGUCGUGUUCUAUUUGAGACUUCUUGAAAGGGACAGGGAGAGUAUAGAGGAAAGGAUAUAUAACCCUUUUGCUAUGUGUACAUACAAGGGGCAUUGUAGUGAUGAUCCUGAGAUUAUAAGGGCACAUGCCCAAUUCAGAUUCAUAUCAAAACCUGUUCUCUGCCUCUGAUAAUCCUCUAACUUUGCUAAUUCUUCAUUUUCUUAGUGUUUUGUGAUGGAAAUAGAGAGCUUUGUGUAUUUUUCGA